ACGACCACUGCACACAGCUGCAAUAAGAGACUGCUAGACAGUAUAGUCAUGGCAGCCCUAGGCGCGGCGUUUCCUCUCAGGAGGUUUGGUUGCCAUGUCGCCUCUGCAGAGUUGUUCACCUGCCGGCAAUGUCUACGACAACAGAAUCAUGCGACGAGGCUUUUCAGUAGUCGAACUACACCACAGAAAUCACUUCGAGUCAGCUCCUAUCUCGGCUCUUUGAGAAAAAACUUCAACCCGUUUUCGACUCGCUCGGCUUUGUUUUCUACAGCCACCGCAGCGCAAAAAACCCUAGAACAAGGGGCUGCGGCCGCAAAGUCCCGCUUUCCGGCCGUCAGUAGUAAAAGUGUCGCAUACUGGCUCCUGGGCAGUGCCGCAAGUGUCUUUGGAAUUGUCAUAUUUGGAGGACUGACGAGGUUGACUGAAUCUGGCCUGAGUAUUACAGAAUGGAGACCCGUGACCGGCUCAAUGCCCCCAAUGAACAAUGAAGACUGGGAAGCUGAGUUUGCGAAAUACAAAAACUCUCCCGAAUACAAAAUCCUCAAUCCGAACAUGAAUCUGUCCGAGUUCAAAUCGAUAUACUACAUGGAAUGGAUCCACCGACUUUGGGGCAGAUUUGUAGGAUUAUCAUUCGUUAUCCCCGCCAUCUACUUUGUCGCCAGAAAAAAAGUAUCAGUACCAAUGGCUUGGCGUUUGGCUGGUAUUUCAGGUCUGAUCGGAUUUCAAGGUUUUAUCGGAUGGUGGAUGGUCAAGUCUGGGUUGAAGGAUGAUCUCUUUGCUCCUGGAAGUCAUCCCAGAGUCAGCCAGUAUCGACUAACUGCCCACUUGGCUGCUGCUUUCACCUGUUAUGUGGCUAUGCUCUGGAACGGUCUUGCAAUUCUACGAUCUCACAGACUUCUCGCUGAUCCAAAGUCUGGAACGGAAUCACUCAAUGCUUUGCGCAACCCGAAGCUUGCAAUGUUCCGUCGCUCUGUUGCCGGGUUGGCCCUUUUGACUUUUAUUACAGCAAUGUCUGGAGCUCUCGUUGCAGGUCUCGAUGCCGGUUUGAUUUACAACGAGUUCCCUUUCAUGGGUAACGGGUUGACACCUCCCAAGUCCGAGUUGUUCGAUGAAAGGUACUCACGUCACGAAGAUCGAUCUGAUCUCUGGUGGAGGAACAUGCUGGAGAAUCCAUCAUUGGUUCAACUCGAUCACCGUAUCUUAGCCACAACCACCUUCUCCGCCGUCAUGGCGUUAUGGGCGUACUCAAAAUCCCCAGCCAUGAAGAAAUUACUCCCCCGCAGCGCUGCAAAGGGUGUCCACGGCGUCGUCGCUUUUACCUUUGUGCAGGUGACUCUUGGUAUUUCGACGCUACUUUAUCUUGUCCCCACACAUCUUGCGUCGACUCACCAGGCUGGAAGUCUGUUCCUGUUGACUUGGGUUCUUGUUCUAGGUAGUAGGAUAUGGCAUCCUUCGAGAACGGCGAAAUUGUUGCAGAUGGCUGCAAAGGCUAGAGCCCAACCGGUGGCCGCAUCUACCGCUAAUGCUGUAAAUGCGUUGAAGAAAUAGAUGCUCCGCUAGAUCGCGUUAUUAUUGUGCAUGCUUUCAUAUGCAGAUGUACUAUACUCCUCUCAUGUAUAUUAGCUCUUGUUAGACCUAAUCAGGGCAUAUCAGUUAGAUAACCACAUACAGUAAUUCUAUCCCUACCUGAAUACUUCGAAUGAAAUUUU